AUGUAUUGUUUAGUCCUGACGCAUCUUCUGGCCCAUCUCAUUACCUCCGGCUUCACUUCACCAAUCAACGCGGCUAUACCUGCAGCCCCAGAUUGUGCGACGCGUCCACCUGGUACAACUCCAGAGAGUGACUGCUAUCCACCACUAUCCAUCACCGAUACCGACACCGCCCAUGUCUGGGGUAUAGCCGUGGACAAGGUCGCUGAUGCACAAGACAUACAGCUCUCAUGGUACGAACAAGGCAACAGUGGCCAGGAUUUCCAUUACUUGAACGGGUGGACACGUGCGGAAAACAACUCAUGGUGGAUGACGACAUGCGAGCCCGCGGUCGAAAGAAUCUGCAAGAUCACCGACCUUGCUCGAGCCUCCUUCCCCACGUCGGGUUACGAAGGCAAAUGGUGGUGGGGCUAUGAAGUCGCCAAAGACCAAGGCUCAGAAGGUUGUCUGAUCAGCGUGUAUGUACCGGGUCUCGGCGCAGUCACACCGCCUUCGGCUCAGGACUGCAAGGCCACCAUCCUGGAACCCAUGAUCUCCUUGCUGAACGAAUCUUACGAUAUGCGGGCCAGUGUCAAUCUGGCACAAGCUCCUGGUGUACCUAAUUUCGCGAAACCCGGUACUCAGAUCAGCGGCCCGCCGCAAAAACUGCUUAACCCCGAUGGUUCGACUGUGGAUAUUGAUGGUUUGGAUCAGAGCAUUGAUAACCUGGGUGAAGCACUGAAUGCGUCAUUGACUUCGUGGCUUGUCCAACCGUAG